UAUGAUGCUGAUCUGGAUUAUUUGGAUAUGGACCCCGACUCGUUGUUGGCUGAAAAUGCGCACAUCACAGCCAACGCGACGUGUGGAAUAGACAAGCGGGAAUACUAUUGUCGGAUCGUGGACCACGCAGCUUAUUAUUCUGGACUUUCGAGAUCGAAGCGGCAAGUGUACACCUAUACCCAGUCCGCCAGAACCUAUAAGGAUGUUGAUGGCAGUGUCAUCGAAUGCAAUUACUGCGAUGACAGAGAUCCAAGCCUACGACAUCCAAUUAGUUACGUGAUUCAGGGGGACUCGGACCGUUGGUGGCAAAGUCCAACCCUGGCAGAAGGUCUUAGAUAUCAUGCCGUGACUAUCGAUAUCGAUCUUAAUCAGGUCUAUCAAAUCGUCUUCGUUAUUUUGCGUAUGGGUGACUCCCCGCGUCCAGCUAACUGGAUUCUUGAAAAAUCGAUUGAUGGGAAGACCUUCGAACCUUGGGUGUUUUUCGCCGAAACAGUCGAAGCCUGCCGCAAGCUUUAUCAACCACUGAUCGAUUAUGACAUGAAAAUAACAAGUGACCCACGCCCAAAAAGCCUGCGAAACGAUGAGGUGUACUGUACAACGUACUUCAGUCAACCACAGAACCUGGAAGCUGGCGAAAUAAUCGUGACGCUUACAAUGGAUCGCGAAGGCGCAUCUCAAUCAUAUUCUGAAAUGACCACUCCGAUUGACCCGGAGUUAAUUGACUUUCUGUCGGCCCGAUUUGUACGUCUCAAAUUCCAGAAGUUGCAAACGCUGUCAGGAGACUGGAUGACUCUGCCUAAUCAAAUGGACGAAUCUGUUUACAAUCGGGGUGUUCCCCGAGCCGUCUGUGAAUGCCAACACAACACUUGCGGACACAAUUGUGAAAAGUGCUGUCCCCUCUUCAACCAACAGCCCUGGCGUCCCGGAGGCAUGUGCGAAGAAUGCAAUUGUCACGGAAAGGCCGAUGCUUGCGAAUACAACCAAACAGUGGCCAAUCUACAGCUGAGUUUGAACCGGUUUCGUGUCCGUGAGGGCGGUGGCGUGUGCAUCAACUGUCGGGAGAUGACGAUGGGUAUCAACUGCGAGGACUGCAUCCCCGGCUACUACCGUCCGCUCAACGUGGGACCCGAUGCCAAGGACCCCUGUGUGCCCUGUGACUGCAGGGGACACGGUUCCACCGGUACCUGCGUCUCCAACGACGCUCUUAUGCCCGAAAAGGUGAGACUGCCAAACCGAUGA